UAUUAGGGUUAAUUUAUGGAAUCUCCAAUAAUAACAUUUUUGUCGGCAGGCAAAUCGCGGAGAAAUGCUAAACAAAUUAUAUUACUGCUAGAUGCAAAACGUUGUAUGUCAAUCUACGAUAUUUACACUUUUGGUAUUACAUUGCCACUUAAUUUAUUCGCCGUCACAGCAAGUUAUACGGUAGUACUGCUACAACUAGCAGUUCUUUAAACUAAAAUUGGAUUUGUGAACGUCAUUAAUUGUUAAAGUAGAAUAAUAAACCAAUAAUAUUUUAAUAUUUGUCAAUCCAUCGCUUUAAUAUGAAUUAUCAAAAAAAUAUGAAAAAACAUACUGACACAAGAAAUAAGAAAUGUGAAUAUGUUUCAAAAGACAUUUUAGAAGAAGAUUUUGUAAAAUCUUUUAAAUUAUUAAUAUACAUUCAGAUGGCUCUGGGCUCAUGUCGUGUGUAUAACAAGGACAGGUUCCUAACAUCACCAACAAUAUUCCAAAAAAUAUACACUAUUUUAUGUAUUAUUAUUACAAUAACUUUAUAUGCAGUCAUCCUCAAUGACUAUUCAUGGAAAUACGGAAAAACUUCUUACCUUUACUACUUAAUUACAGCCGUGUUCUUAGUUGAUUUAAUCACGUACAUUUGCAAUAUGAUUCAAGUAAGAUUUUUAAACAGCGACGCGAAUAUCGAGUUCUUUAUCCAUCUCCAGAACAUGGACCGCCUUAUGAAAAUCGAACAUAAGGGCACUAUUUGGACUACAUUACGCAAAAUUAAUAAUGUAUCAUUAAUUUAUUUCGUUGUGGGGCUAUUUGGAUACUUAUUUUACGCAAUUUAUAAAGGCGGGCUUAUAAAUUGGUCUUAUAGCAGCUUAGUAAAUAGUCAAUUAACGUUAAUGUUAGAAAUAGGGAAUUGUUCAAAUUUUGUCGCUCAUUUUAUUAUACGUUUAAAUAUAGUAAAUUGUAUAAUGUGUAACCAUUUAAACCCAAAUAAAUCUAAAAAGCGUCCUAAAAUAUAUUUAACCGUAACUGCUUUGAAACGUUGGAUACGUUAUACGACUGCGAAGACACAUGACUUUGCACUAAAUGACACAGAGAAUUACUUGAAAGCUAUAUUUGACGGCUUUAAGAAGUUCCGAGAAAUCUACAAAUUUCAGGUUUGCGUGUUUUGUUUUAAAAUAGUUAUUCUGAGUUUGAUAACAUUUGAAUUUGUUCUAACUGGCGUACAAAACAAUCUCUUGAAGUUAGCCGAAAUAAUUACCGUCGUUAUGUUUUCGGUAAUCAACUAUUUGGUGGCAUUGGUUUUAAGCGUACGCUACGAACUGUUUUAUCGAGAAGUGAAAAGGACUAAGCGUUUGUCUAUCAGUAUGCUGAGGCAAUACCAAGAAGGGCCGUUACGAGAGAAAGCGAAACGUAUGUUAAAAAUGAUUGAAGAAUCUCCACCGAGCUUCUCCGUAUACGACAUGUGGUACAUGGAUGCGAGUAUAUUUUUAAAAAUGAUAAAUUUGGUUACAACUCUUAUUGUCACUUUAUUGCAGUUUGCUUUCCUUUAAUCAUGUUAUUACAUUACAUUCAAAAGCUGUUUUUUUUUAAU